GAAAAUCGUGUUUUUGGAGAAUUUAACAUGUUUUAGCGACGAUGGAGGAUUUAUAUAGAGAAAAUUAUGAUUUCUGAGUAUUUCUUUCUUCAAAUUGAAUCUGGAGCAGACAAAAAAAAAAAGAGCUGGGGAUUUGAGGCGCUGUAAGCCAGUGAGAGAGUAUAAACAGAUGGAUGAUGGGAAAUAAGUGCUGGCUUACUGUCAGGGAUGGUGGACCCAAAAUGCAGGAGACCAGACUUGGUGGCAGAAACAUGACAAAAUCAUGGACACAACAAAAAAAAAGGUGACUGAACAGAGCAGAUGACCUAACAAAAGAGGAACUGCAAACCAGACAUUUACAUCCACUGAGGUUUAUUAACUAAAUGAAAACAGCUGUGGAUGAUUAACCUGAACAUGAUGAGACUGAUGGGAAAACAAAGCAUGACAAAACCUAAACACAAACGCUGACACUUAAUGCCUGCCAACAAUAUCGACCACAACUCAAAGGAUGAGAGGAACCAGGUCUUGACCACUUACCUGUGGAUCAGGCAGGUCUGGCAUGACGCAUACCUGAAGUGGGACAAGGAGGACUACGACGACUUGGAGAUGAUAAACAUCCCCAGUGACCGGGUGUGGAAGCCGGAUAUUGUCCUCUACAACAAAGCAGAUGAGGAGUCAUCAGGCACUUCUAGCACUAACGUGAAGCUGCGCUAUAACGGGGAGAUAGUCUGGGACUCUCCAGCCAUCACUAAGAGCACAUGUGUGGUGGAUGUGUCCUACUUUCCCUUUGACUGGCAAUCGUGCAACCUCACAUUCGGGUCCUGGACCUACAACGGCAAUCAGGUGGACAUCAGUUUGGGCAUGGACAGCGGUGACCUCUCUGACUUUGUGGAGAACGUGGAGUGGGAGUGUCACGGCAUGCCGGCCGUUAGAAACGUCAUGAUGUACGGCUGCUGCUCGGACCCGUACACGGAGAUCACGUACACCCUCCUGCUGAAGCGCCGCUCCUCCUUCUACAUCUUCAACCUCCUCCUGCCCUGCUUCCUCAUCUCCUUCCUCGCCCCGCUGGGCUUCUACUUGCCGGCAGACUCUGGGGAAAAGGUUUCUCUGGGGGUGACGGUGCUGCUGGCGCUCACCGUCUUCCAGUUGUUGGUGGCUGAGAGCAUGCCCCCUGCAGAGAGCAUGCCUUACAUAGGGAAGUACUACAUCGCCACCAUGACAAUGAUCACAGCAUCCACGUCUCUUACCAUCUUCAUCAUGAACAUUCAUUUCUGUGGAGCCGAGGCCAAACCGGUCCCUCAGUGGGCAAAAGUUCUGAUCAUCGACUACAUGUCGAAGAUCUUCUUUGUUUAUGAAGUGGGGGAGAACUGCACCACGCCGGAGAGUGAGAGGACCCCCCUGUACCCAGAGGAACCCAUGGGCGAUAAAAGCAUCUACUAUGAUGACUGCUGCCACGACAGCUUCUACCAUCACGACAGCAAUCCGUACAAGUACAGCAAUGGCCACAGCCUGCAGCAUCACCAACAUCCCAAAGGUCAAGCAAACGGCAGCGUGAACGGCCGCCAUCACCAUUACAACAACCGGAACAAAAACACGUCCAGGCUGGGCAGAGGCGAGAGCAAUCGAGAGCCCAUGCAGCACUACCACCACAUCCCGAGAGAGGAGCUGGACUACCAGGCUGCACAGCACCUGAACGGGGGCGUUAAAGAGCAGAUUCUGUACCCUCCAGAGAAGCAUCAUGUCCAGUCCUGCCCCUGCUGCUGCCCCUGCCUGCAGUACAAACAGCUGGUGAAGAACAUCCAGUACAUCGCCAACUGCUUCCGAGAGCAGAGAGCCACGUGUGUCAAGGUGGCAGAAUGGAAGAAGGUUGCCAAGGUGAUGGAUCGGUUCUUCAUGUGGAUCUUUUUCUUCAUGGUGUUUCUCAUGAGCAUCCUCAUCAUCGCCAAGGCCUCCUGACAGCUCUGGCAUCGUACCCCAGUCUUCCAGCUUCCCCUAGCCUUCACUUUCACACCAAAUUAAGCAUUUUUGCCUGUAAUUAAACUGUAUUUAAGAUC